AUGGCCAACAAGCCCGUCUCAAACCUCCCCCAGCUUCGCCAGUUCUACACUGGCCACAACAAAGAUGGCAAGGCCAUUGUGGUCGCACAGCAGGAUUUUGACUGGGUACCCGUUGCCGAGAACCAGAUGGGAUUCGCCGUACCCUACACAACAUCUCAGCCUAUCACGGACAUGAACGACGACAAGGACCUCGAGCAGCACAAGAAGACUAUCUCAGGCACGCUCGGUCUUGUCAACCCCAAUGGCUCUGUUCUGCGUGCCGUCGACUUUGCUCCUGGCUAUGCCUGCGAUAUGCACCGCACACAGAGUCUGGACUACGGAAUUGUGCUAGAGGGAACUAUUGAGAUGGUGUUGGACUCGGGUGAACGCCACCUCCUGAAGAGGGGGGACGUCGCCAUACAGAGAGGUACACAGCACCAAUGGCGCAACCCAUCGGAGACGGAGUGGACCAGAGUCAUGUUCGUUCUUAUGGACACUGCGCCACUUGUCGUGGGAGGGGAGAAGUUGGGUGAGGAUUUGGGAGAACACGCUGUUGUGCCUCCCAGUCAACGAUAA